CUGUUACCGUCCAUUGACCGCCAUGGAUGUGCAAACUUUCCAUUGACCACGACAUCUCCAGUCAACUCACCUUUUCACACAUAUUUCAUCGUUUGUGCUUGUUGCAUGCACUACCAAUUAACACAAAAAAUGGCAUCUCAUCCAUUCAUUCUUUCUAUCACCAUUUUCAAGCUAGUAAUAAUCUUCUUCUCUCAAUCUUCCACAGCAUCAGACACCAUCACUCAAUCUCAGCCACUUCAUGAUGAUGGCAGUACCUUAGUUUCCAAUGAUGGAACCUUUGAGUUAGGGUUCUUCAGUCCCGGUAGUUCCACAAACCGCUACAUAGGAAUAUGGUACAGAAUCAUCCCAGUCAAAACCAUUGUCUGGGUUGCCAACCGUGACAGCCCAAUCGAAGGCAACAACAACAUGUUAACCAUCACCAAUGAAGGCAACAUGGUGCUUCUUGACAACAACAAUGAAACUGUCUGGUCAACAAACAUCACAUCACUCACAACUCAACCUCUGUUGAAUCCCAUGGUGCAGCUCUUAGACACUGCAAACUUGGUAGUUAAAGAAGGGAAUAGCAGCAACAACAGCGACAAUGAGAAAGAAGAAAGCUUUUUGUGGCAAAGCUUUGACUACCCUUGUGAUACUCUCUUGCCAGGAAUGAAGCUUGGAUGGGACCUUAAAAGGGGUAUUGAUAGGAAGUUAAGGGCAUGGAAAAGCUGGGAUGAUCCAUCUUCAGGGAACUUAACUUGGGGUAUGCUCCUUAGUAGUUACCCUGAAUUGGUUCUGAAGAAAGGUUCGGUUGAGUAUCAAAGAAGUGGACCUUGGAAUGGAGCAGGGUUCAGUGGCCAACCUGUGCUGAGAAUCACUCCAAUUGUUGACACAAAAUUUGUGAAUGAUUCAAAUGAGCUUUACUACUCAUACUCUCUCAGGAACAAGUCUGUGAUCUCAAUAACUUACUUGAACCAAACCCUUCUUCAUCGCCAUCGCAUCACAUGGAUUCCUGAAAACAAAACUUGGAGGGUUUAUGAGUCUGUUCCUAGAGAUGAUUGUGAUCCUUAUAACACAUGUGGUCCAAAUGGAAAUUGCAAGGUUAACGAGACACCGAUUUGCCAGUGUCUGGAAUGGUUUGAACCAAAGUCUCCCCAGAAUUGGAACUCGUUUGACUGGACACAAGGAUGUGUACGCAGUGAACCUUGGAGUUGUGGGGUGAAAGAUCAAGAUGGUUUUCGAAGAUUUGCUUCGAUGAAAGUUCCUGAUACGAGAAGUUCUUCGACUUAUGGAAACAUGUCACUUGAAGAUUGUAGGAUCGAAUGCUUGAAAAAUUGUUCUUGCAUGGCUUAUUCAAACUUGGACAUAAGGGAAGGUGGCAGUGGUUGUGCCAUUUGGUUUGGUGAUCUCAUUGAUUUGAAAUUGGUUCAAGCAAGCCGACAAGACAUAUACAUUCGAAUGGCUGUUUCAGGUACAGAUGAAGAUACAAGAAAAAGGGUUUUAGUAAUCACGAUUCCAAUUGUGUCGGUCACUAUUUUGCUACUUGUUGUCUUCUUAUGUAUUUACAUGAGAAAAAGAAAGCAUAAAGGAAAUGAACACGGCACAAAGAAUAUUGUAUCAACCGAAGAUGAUGAAGAAAACCAAGAUGUUGAGCUUCCUUUGUUUGAUCUCGCUUUAAUAUCCGUUGCCACCAAUGGUUUCUCAAAAGAUAACAAGCUUGGAGAAGGUGGUUUUGGACCAGUAUAUAAGGGUACACUCCCUAAUGGAAGAGAUAUUGCCAUCAAAAGACUCUCAACGAGUUCAUCUCACACUAGUUGUCAAGGGAUCAAAGAAUUCAAGAAUGAAGUUAUACUGUGUGCAAAACUUCAACAUCGAAAUCUUGUUAAGGUUCUUGGUUGUUGUAUUCAAGAAGAAGAGAAGAUGUUAAUAUAUGAAUACAUGCCCAACAAAAGCUUAGAUUCAUUUCUUUUCGAUUCAACUCAAAGUAAACUUUUAGAUUGGUCAAAACGCUUCAACAUCAUAUGUGCAAUUGGUCGUGGACUUCUUUAUCUACAUCAAGAUUCUAGACUAAGGAUCAUACAUAGAGAUCUAAAAGCAAGUAAUAUUUUGCUAGACAAUGAUAUGAAUCCAAAAAUUUCAGAUUUUGGCUUAGCAAGACUUUGUGGCGAUGAUCAAAUUGAAGGGAAUACAAAGAGAGUGGUCGGAACAUAUGGUUAUAUGGCACCAGAAUAUGCCAUUGAUGGUUUAUUCUCCAUAAAAUCGGAUGUAUUCACCUUUGGCAUACUAUUGUUGGAGAUUGUGAGUGGAAAGAAAAAUACAGGAGUUACAUAUACAAGUGAUACUUGUAAUCUCAUUGGACAUGCUUGGAAAUUGUGGAAAGAGAAUGAUCCAACAAAAUUGGUUGAUAUGUAUUUAGAAGACUCAUACGUUGUAUCGGAAGCCUUACGUUGCAUUCAAGUUGGUCUUUUAUGUCUACAACACCAUCCGAAUGACAGACCAAACAUGGCAUCAGUGGUUGUUAUGUUGACCAAUGAAACUAUUUUAGCUCAGCCAAAGGAGCCUGGUUUCUUGAUGGAAAGAGUGGUCGCUAAUGAAGUAGAAUCUUCUACUGAAAAACAAAUAUCUUUUUCAGUUAACGAGGUGUCUAUUUCACUAGUGCAUGCUAGAUAA